AUGGCAGGUAAUGACAGAGUGACUUUUGCCACAUUCAUGUUUUGGGAGGACGCUAGAAUCUGGUGGGAAGUGGUAUCGCAAACCAGAGAUGUAAAGACUCUGAGCUGGGAAGAGAUUAGAUAUUUGUUCAAUGAGAAAAACUAUAACGAUGCAGUUAAAGCUGCAAAGGCGGUUGAGUUUAGUAGUCUCGUGCAAGGCACCAUGACUAUUACGAAGUAUGCUCUAAAAUUUGAUAGGUUGGCCAUGUUCGUUGCAGACUUGGUGCCAGCUGAUGUGAUAAGAAAGGAGAGAUUUAUUCGAGGGAUAAAUGUUUGGAUUACUUUGGAUGUUAAAAUUACUUUAGUACCUAGAGUGACAACUUAUGCUCAGGUAGUGGAGAAUGCCCUCACUGCUGAGGGCACUGAAAAUAAGAUCCGGCACGAGAAUGUGGCCAGAAGGGGCACCAAAGUGGGACCUCCCUUUGGAUCUGGUAGGGGCGGAGGCCCUAGUGUCGAGAAGAGAAAGACCCCAUACACUAUUACAGUUCCAGGCCCAGAUAGGAGGCAACAGGGUAUACAGCUGAGGAUCAAAGAUGAGGACAUUCCGAAGACGACCUUUUGUACCAGGGUGUUCAAGGAUUACUUGGAUGGAUUUGUGAUAGACUUCAUCAAAGGCAUUCUAGUUUAUUCUCAAUCGGAGGUAGGGCUUGAGCAGGACCUCAGGUUGGUAUUACAGAUGUUGAGGGAACACAGAUUGUAUGCAAAGUUCCAGAAGUGGAAAGGCAACGUGGUGGCAGAUUCCUUGAGUCAGGGAGGGCUAGGAAAACUGUUUAGCUUGAAACAAAUAUCGAAGGUGUUGGCAGAAGAGAUGACCAGAGCAAGUACAGAGUUUGUGGUGAGUCACUUAGCUUACAUCACCUUCCAGUCUACUCUCUUGGAGAGGAUUAGAGAAGGGUAG